UUGACUGACUGCUCUGGUCUCCUCUCCUGAUGGCCGGGAACGCGCGCUUUCUGCUCUUCCUGAUCGGCUUGGCGGCCUGCCUCCUCACGACGUCGCGGGCGCAGCCGACGGAGGUCAAGGUGGGGCUCAUCAUCGACGCCGACUCGCCGGUGGGCAAGAUCGCGAGGACCACCAUCCCCAUGGCUCUCGAGGACUUCUACGCCGCCGUCGCCAAUUCAACCGCUCGGGUUAAGAUCCUGCAGCACGACUCCGGUGGAGACGUCGUCGCCGCCGCGGCAGCGGCGUUGCAGCUGAUGACGACGCAGGGAGCGCGCGCCAUCCUCGGCCCGCAGUCGUCCAUCGAAUCGGCGUUCGUCGCCGACCUCGCCACCCAGGCCGAGGUCCCUGUGGUGUCCUUCUCGGCCACGAGCCCCUCCGUGUCUCCCGCCACGGCGCGCUUCUUCUCCCGCGCCGCGCAGAGCGACGCCGACCAGGCCGGCGCCGUCGCCGCGCUCGCCGCGCACUUCGGCUGGCGCCGCGUGGUGCCCGUCUACCAGGACGACGACUACGGCGCCGCGUUCAUCCCCUUCCUCGUCGACGCCCUCGCGUCCGCGCCCGCCGAGGUCCCAUACCGCUGCGCGCUCCGGGAGGACGCGACCCCGGACGCCGUGGCCGCGGAGCUGUACCGCAUGGAGUCCGAGCAGACGCGCGUGUUCGUCCUCCACACGCGCCCUGGGCUCGCGCGCCGCGUGUUCGACGCCGCCGCGGCGGGCGGCAUGACAGGGGACGGCUACGUGUGGAUCAUCACCGACGGCCUCACGGGCCUCCUGGGCUCCGUCGAGCCGCCGCAGGGCGUCAUCGGGCUCGCGCCCUACGUGCCCACCACGCCGCGGCUGCGCGGGGUCAAGAAGCGGUGGGCGCAGCGGUACAUGCGCGACCACCCGGACGAAGACCUCUCGCGCGCCGUCCUAGGCUGCCACGCCGUCUGGGCCUACGACGCCGCGUGGGCCGUGGCCUCCGCGGCAGAGCGGCUCAACGCCACCGACCUGUCGUCGCCACCCGGGCUAGUAAACGGCACGGGCGGGCCGACCGACAUCUCGGGGCUCGGGAAGUCCGCAUCAGGCGAGAAUUUCCUCCGAGCUAUCCGAAACGCGACAUUCGACGGUCUUGGCGGCAAGUUUGAGCUCGUCGACGGCGAGCUCGUAGCACCGGCCUACCGCGUGUUAAACAUCAUGGACGAUGGAAAGGAGAGGGGCGUCGGGUUCUGGUCACCGCGGCACGGGCUGACCCGGCAAUUUGGCCACGCUUCGAACACACCGGCUGGCGAGCUCGGACUCCAUCCAGUGAUCUGGCCUGGAGAGUCGACGGUGCGGCCGAGCGGGUGGGUGCAGCCGACGAACGCGCGGAAGCUGAGGGUGGCGGUGCCGGGGAAUGUUUCCGACAGCUACCGCCCGAUCUUGCACCUUACCGUGGACCCGGUGACGAACCAGACGACGGCCGGCGGGUUUGUGAUCGAGGUGUUUGAGGCGGCGGUGCGGCUGCUGCCGUACGCGCUGCCCUUCGAGUUCGUCAAGGCAGAGUCGCAGCCCUACGACAGUCUCAUCACGGGAGUUGAAAAUGGGACGUUCGAUGCCGUGGUGGCAGACAUGACCAUCACAGCAGAUCGAGCGGCCCACGUGGACUUCACGUUGCCUUACAUGUCGACAGACAUCGCCAUGGUUGUACCGUUGCGCGACCAACGGAGCAGCAGCUUCACGUGGUUCUUUUUUCUGAAACCACUCAGCUCCAGUCUCUGGCUCGUCAGCGCCGCCUUCUUCCUUUUCACCGGCUUUGUCGUCUGGGCCAUCGAACAUGACAACAACGGGGAAUUCGGCGCCGAAGUCGAGCUCACACCCUCCAACAGAGGAAAGCUCACCCCCUCCAACGAAGCCGGCACCAAAGGCAAGCUCACACCCUCCAACCAAGCUGGCACCCUCGUCUACUUCGGCUUCUCCACCCUUGUCUUUGCCCACAGGGAGAAGCUCACGAGCAACCUGUCGAGGCUCGUGGUUGUCGUUUGGGUGUUCGUCGUGCUCAUCCUGCAGUCUAGCUACACGGCGAGCCUCACUUCCAUGCUCACGGUGCCGCAGGUGGAGCCGACCAUCGCCGACUACCGUGCGCUGUUGCGGGGCACGGACAUGGUCGGGGUCAUGAACAACUCCUUCACAGGCAAGGCCCUGACCCAAUCGGGGUUCCCGCAAGUUAGGAUCAUGCGGUACACGACCGCGCGGAGCUUCCAGGAGGCGCUACUCAACGGUAGCAUCGGCGCCAUCAUCAACGAGACGCCCUACUUCAAUAUUUUCCUCGGGACCUACAACGACAACUUCACCAUGACCGACCAACGCAACAUGACGGGAGGCUUCGGGUUCGCCUUUCCCAAGGGGUCGCCGUACGUGACGGAUCUGUCGCAGGCGAUUCUGAAGCUAACCGAGAACAAUGAGAUCAACAGGAUCGAGCGCAAGUGGUUCGGCGACCCCAAAGGCAACGAUUCGCAAUUCACGUCCGGAAGACUCAGCUUUAAAAGCUUUCGGAGCCUAUUCCUUAUCACUGGCAUCACAUCUGUCGUUUGUUGCAUUAUCCACCUGAGCUUUAAUCUCAACGACAACCGCCGGCAGCCCAUCCAACAAAUCACGUCGCACGCUUCUUCGCCCGCUGAGGUGCCCUGCGUGAUCGACAUGGUCGGCAGCCCGCACAGUGCAUCGUACAAGAGUGAGGGGUCAAGGUCAGUGGAGAUGGCAAUCCCGUUGACUGGUGAGAUUGAGCCAGUCGCCAACAGUCAGAGUGAGGAGGUGGUAGCUCUUGCUCGUCACUUUGACAGCUCAAGGGAAUGACAAAGAGGCAAGUCUCUAAUGGAGUGCCAUUCUAGAAAUCUAAUGCAGUAGAAUAGUUAAUAACAAUUGUUUCAUUCAUGUUUAUGUAUCACUAAGAAAUUCAGAUGACGGACUUAAAACGAUUAAGCAUUAUAUAUAGCCUCUACAUUACUAAGAUACACACGGCAAUAACAAGCCAAAAAAUGGAAAAAAUGAAAAAGGUAAAAUAGAAGUAAUCACCAAAAGAACAAUUGGUGCCUGCAACAAUGUGCAGAGAAGCAACACCACGAGUGCUCCCUGCUCCCUGGUGGUUGAGAUGCAUGCAUGAUGUACAGUUUGGACUUGGUAGAACUUGAUGAAAACUGCCAAAAGGAAUGUUUUUUCGAUGAAGUGUGAUUUAUUACUCAAAAGUUUUAAUCAUUACACUCAGCCUUUGCAUAACUAA